AGUAUGACAACGUGACACGAGUUAGCUAGCCCGAAUUUGGAUCAAUGAUCUAAGGUCGGUUCUCACGGAGAAGCUCGGAUCCUGCGCAUUCGACGAUAGGACAUAGCCCUACCGCUUUUCAGGGAAAGGGUCGUGCAAAUCCUGCGCAAUACUUAACGCCAACACGGUCCGCAUGAAAUCGCGGUGUGUCGACGCGGUGACCUUUUCAUAAAAUCUCUUCGAAAUUUUCUUGCUUCGCAAUGAGUACCACGGAUCCUGCUGGAGAGGGUGGAGGGGGAGGGGUGUCAAGCACAAUAUCACCAAAUAUUGAACAAAACGUAUCUCCAGUUAUACCGGUGACCGGUGGUGUGGUGCAACCGGGCUCUCAACAACAGCAUCCACCACCGUCGCCACUAAGUGGUUGUUACCUUCUCGUUGUGCUUCCAGAGCCUCAUACCGCGCAGCAUAAAGAUCUCAUCUUAAACCGCCUUGCAAAAGGCUUCUUGUCGUGGGAUAAGGAUAGCUGUCACGUAGAUUUAGAAAAAGAAUUACUUGCGCUGGUGGCACAAGCUCCCGAAGGAGAAGAAGCUAGAAAUGGCGAACGACUGAUCCAAUACGCUACUGAGAAUCUUGUUACGGAAGUACUGAUCCACCCGCAAACGAAUACAUUAUUACAAUGUAUCCGUAAUCUCCUGGCAAGUUUUACAAAACACCGGCAUAUUAUACACGGUGGAUAUACCUUCGGUGGAAAUGGUUCCUGGAUACUGCAAGAUGGAACCUUCAGCCUUGCCGAUUUCUUGGAUGCAUUUAGUGAACACGAGGUGCAAAGAGUUCUUCGUGCGUACGAGAACAGCGUCACGGUGGACAUUCAUUGCGCGAGUGUCGGCGAUUGGACAACAAAUAGACUUUCCAAGGAAGCUUGCACUAGAUCCUGUCGAGUCAGAGUGAAUCCCGAUGACGUUCUCACCGCUGGAUUACCAGCGAUCACCAGUUUCACGAAUUACGUUGGACAGUAUCUCGUUGCCCAGACACUGGACCAACUUAUGGAGCCGUCCGACGUCGUUGGCAACAUAAGAUUUAGUCAUCCAACAUUGUACGUCUUCCCCGGUGGUCAAGGUGAUGCCGCGUUGUUCGGCAUAAACGGUUUUAACAUGCUGGUGGACGGCGGUUUCGCCAGAAAGGCCUGUUUCUGGGACUUUACCAGACAUUUGGACCGUCUCGACGCGGUCUUAGUUACUAGAGUAAAUAACAGCAAUGUCGGCGGUAUGUCUAGUGUCCUCCGGAAGAAAAAGGAGAUGCACGUCUACCCUCAAAUCGGACAUUUCUUCUGCAAUCUAAUCGAGAGAAGACAAUCCAAUUCUCCGGACGGGGACAAAGAUAUCGAUCCUCUGAUACUGAAUCUCACUGACAUUGGCCAAGAGAUGGUUGUCAAUCUGCGUCACAUCAGCCUGCGAGCGCAUCCGUGCUACAGAGACCCGGACCCGAUCAAUCUCUAUCACAAAGUAGGUCACGGCACGUUGGACAUGUAUGUGUUAAGCCCGAGCAAGGAUAGUCGCGAGGUUCGCGAAUUCCUGGCGAAAUGGCACACCUCGGACUCGAAGCUGUUCGCUGGCGGUCACAAGAAAGACUCGAACAAUCUAACCUUCCCGAUUCAGAAUCUGGUCUCGAUAUGCGCGUUGCUGGUUUGGCAGCCAGCGAAUCCCGAGGACACCAUCACGAGAAUACUGUUCCCCGGUAGCACGCCCCAGCACAAGAUCUUCGAGGGUUUCGAACGAUUGAAACACUUGGAGUUCCUAAAGCAUCCAGUCUGCUCUGCGAAGAGCCUCUCGCCGUCCGCGUCCUUGGCGACGUUACGGGACAAGCCUGCGAAGCAAAAGUUGAGCUUGAUCAGCGAGAAGGAAACCUCGAAGAAGAUAAGCACCGAGGCGAGGAAAGAGAAGAAAGAAUCGCCGGAGAUUAAGAUGAAAACGACCGACGAAACGCUGGCGAAGACGCCGAUCAUACCGACGAAGCCGCAGGCUGUUAAAGCCGAGACGAAAGCUAAGAAAGUGAUCGAGAACAAGAAGAUAGAGGUGGAGAAAGAGAGUAAGAAGGAGAAAGAGGCGAAAGAAGGGAAGAAGGAGGUUGUGAAGAAGGACGUUGGGAAGGAGAAGACGGAGGAGAAAUUGGAGAAACGCGAAGAGGAGCAGAAGACGGAGAAGAUAACUCCACCGGCGAAGGAAGCGAAGCCGAAGGAAACUAAGAAGAAGGAAGAGAAACAGAAGAGCGCUAAACCAGGGAAGAUCGAAACGAAGCCGAAGAUAGUCGAGAAGAAAGUGAAACAGUCGCCCGUGGAGAAGAAGGACGCUGGAAUGAUAGUGAAGUCUUCCCCGACGACGCCGAAGAAAACCAUAAACGGCGUGGCAACGAAGACAGAGAUCUCGAAGGCGAGCGCGGCGAAAGCGAAGGCUCAGAAGGCGGCGGUUGAACCGGCAGCGAAAAGCACGAAGGACGCGAACAACAGGAAGGUAGUGGAGCAGAAGAACAUUGAGAAAUCAGCUAUAAAGGACACGACCAGCGUGGUCAAGGUAUCGGCGAAGCCUAAACCGAUGGACAGAAAGCCGAUUGGCCGUCGAGGAAAGCCAGUCAGUCCCAGCAAGGUGAAAGUGUCUGGCAGCCCGGCGAAAUCCACUCGUAGCACGCCAACCACUUCCGUCAAAUCCGACAAAGACGGCGUAGUCCGUAAAGCGAAGAGCGACAAAGGUACAGCUGACUCAUCGACCGUGUCCACGCCGUCGGGAAUUGAGGCUGAAACAGGCGCCAGACUUGUUGAAAAGAGCCUGAUGGAACAGUCGGAGGACAUUUCUUUAGAUUCGAUCGAGAGCAAGGUGUUGGCUGACUUGAAAGAGGAACGGGAGGUCGUCGAAGAGAUCGAAGCGGUCCUUCAGAAAGCGGAACGCAUCGAGGAGACAAGGAAGGACGAUCGUUCAGAGGGUGACGACGAAAUAACCGCGGAGCUUACUGACAAGAAGGAAGAAGACAUUACCGACGAUGAUAUAAUAGAGGCUGACAUGGAAGACGCGCUCAAACGGGAGCUUAUCGACGAGUAUUUGAUCGUCGAGAAAGAGGAGGAUUACAUAGAAGACUCGACCCAGAGCGGCGAGGGUGAACAGAAGCAUAUUCUGGACGAGGCUGAGUCUGAAAAGGUGAAGAUGCUGAAGGAUAUGGAACAGGUGAAGGAGAAAGGUGCCGAGGAAGAGGUGGAAGAGAAAGAGAAGGACGAGAGCGUAGAGAAGCGUGAGAAACAAUUGGAGGAGAAAGAAGCGAUAUCCAAGGCCGAGGAAGAGAAAGCAGAGCCGAUCGAUCUGUCUCCGGAUCGUAGAGAGCAACUGGAGGAGGAGGUUAAAGAGAUAAUCGCCUCCGCGGCGGAAACGAUCCAACAAAAGCCAGAGGAGAAGGAUGAUUCUGGCAAGAAGGAUAGCGAAGAUGUUACCAAGGAACCGUCCAGUUUGAGCCCUGAUAAAUUGGACUCCUCCGAGAAGAAAACAACCGAUACCGACUUGAAGCCUGAAGCCGACCAGAAAGAGCAAGUACCAGAGAAAUUGGAAGAAUCGCAGGAACGUAUUUCGACUUUGGAAUCCGGCGCCACGACGACGGCGCCGACGCUUCCGGAGGACGAACGCAUACCGCUCGACGAGAUAAAGGAAGAUAUCGACGAGAAGCAUAUUAUCGAAGAAGUGAAGGAGAAAGAUGUUCCGAAGGUUAAGGAAGAAGUCGCUGCCGCUGCUUCGCGAAUCGUACCUCCCACGGUAACUACGAAACCGGACGUGCAAGUAUUCGACGUCCGUCAAGCAGUACCGUGUCUUCAACGUGAUAUUGUAAAGACGCCGGACGAAGUCGCCGAUUUGCCGGUCCACGAAGAGGUGGAUCCGAAACUGUACAGGAUGGAGGACUUCGAGAAGGACAAGGAGGAGAAGCCAAGUUUGGUGCAAGCUCAAGAGCCGGAGCAACAGGUCAAGCAACCGCCGACUCCGACUGUCAAGGAGCAGAAAGGAGUUUUCAGUUUCUUCGGCAAGGUAGCCGAUAAAUUCGAAAAGGGUAUCGACAAAUUAACUAAAAAGUCGAAGAAGGACCAGGAGAAAGAUGUCGAUGAGAAGUCGUCGUCCAAGUCCAGCUCUCCGAAAGAGGCGAAAGUGCAAGAGAAGACUGUACUCGAAGAAGUCGAUGUCGAGAAGAUGUUCCCGAAGGUUGGCAAACCCAGCGAGAAGCUCCAGGAAGCAGUUCAGCCCGAAAUAGAAACCAAGAUAGAGGAUAUCGGUAAGAAAGAAGCCGAACGUGACGUAACUGUAGAACUCGAAGACAAAGGAAAAGAAGUUAAACCUACUGAAGAAGAGGAAGCCGUGGAGGAGAAACCGAAAUCUCCAGUAUUGGCUCCAGUAUCGAAACCCGUUGAGGAAGAGAAAGUCGAACUGAAGGAAGAAAUAGUGAAACCGAGUGAAGACGUCGAGGUUGAAGAGAAGAAGGAGAAAUCACCGGAGCUAAUCGACACCAAGACUAAGAAGGAAGAGGAGCUUGCCGAAGAAGUAGAAGAGGACGCGGAAGAAAUAAAAGCGUUGUUGGAAGAAGCCUCCAAGAAAUUUAAGACGGUGAAGGACAGCCUGAGAGAUUCUCUGGAAUCGUUAGAGGAGAAGAUCGCCGACGAGACGGCUGAUUUGCUGCAGGAAGUUCCGCCACUGAAGGACGCCGUUAAAGACACGCUGGAAGGCGUGGUGGAAAAAUUGGAAGCGAUCAAACCGCAAAUCGAGACCGCGUCUCCCGACAGCAAAGAGCCAGAAAAGGUGAAAUUCCAUAUACCGAAAGAAGAAGAUAUCGAGGUGCCAACGAAAGACGUCAAAGAAGCUGUCCGAGACGUUGGCGAGGUUCUCGCUGGGACAGCUGGUAUUGAUAUCGAAGACAAGCCUAAAGACGUUAUCGAAAUUGUGCGUAAGGUUGCCGAGGUUCUCAAGGAAGAUGAUUUCCUUCUGUUCGAGGAGCCAACUAAAAAGGAAGAAGCUGCGUCGCCACCUAAACCCGUCGCCGAAGCUGAAUCGCCGCCUAAACCUGUCGCCGAGUCCGUGUCACCACCUAAAGCUAAAUCACCUGAAGAUAAGUCAGCCAAAAUUGAGGACAAGCUUCCUGUCAUACCGACGAAAGUUGGAAUCACCGAGGAAAUUUCUCCUUAUCAGGAGGAGACUGAGGAGCUCGUUGAAGUACAAGAAGAACCGUGUGUCAAAGUUAUCAAAGAAACGGCGACGAUUCCGUCUGUGAAAGAAGAGAAAGACAAGCGCGACGUCGAGGAAAUAUGCGAGGAAAUGUUGAAAGAAGAUACCGAGAAGAUUGUUCCAGAAACUGUAACUGCGACGGACGAUUCGAAGGUGGACGUAAUGGAAGCUGGACUGGAGGAAGUCUGUGUGAAGGAAACUGUGAAAUCGCCAGUCGAAAAGGAGGAGAAAACUGAAGCAACCAUUGAAGAGUCUGUGAUAGGUUUCGAGCAGAAGGUUUCCCCCGGCAAAGCGGAAAUUGUGAUGGUUUCGCCUGGCUCGACGCCUACUUCACCGAAAUUUGUUACAGAUAAGACGCAGGAGAGCAAAGUGGACUUGAGCAAGGAAACCGGGCUUAAAUUGCCUGCUGAAAUAAAAGCUAUUGUCGAUAAGGUGGAUCGUAUCGUGGAAGAGAUCAUCGAAGAGCUUGUGAUUAAGAAGAAGAAAAUUACGAUUGAGAUUAUAGAGUAUAUAACGAUUGUUAAAGGUGUUCCAAAGGAGCGUGUAAUUUAUAUUAUUGAAGAGAUUAUUGUAAGGAAAGGCCUGUCGAAGGAAGAUGUCGUCGAUAACGUAGAUAUCUUGAAGCUGGAAGAAUCUAUCACCCCGAAAUUGAAAAUGGAACUUGAGGAGUAUAUCAUCAACGAGUACGUGAAAAAAGGAAAAUGUAUAACCAUCGAAAUAGUCGAGGAGAUAUCGAUCAGAAAGAUCGUCCCGAAAGUGAUCAUAAUCCGUAUCAUCCAAGAAAUUAUCGUUAAAAAGUUAAUCGACGUUAAGACUGACGGUCUGUUUGAUUCCCAACUGGAGCAGAUUGAUACUAAAGAGAAGAAAGAGGAAGAAGAGAAGGAGAAGGAAGACGUGAAGAAAGAAGAAGAAGAAGCAAAGGAGAAAGAGAUUCCAUCGGAAUUAGACAAAAAGGAAGAAAAAUUAUCGCCAAUUGAAACUGUCGUGAAAUCAGAACCGAAAUCUCCGGUGGAAAAGGAGAUCUCGGUGGAGAAAGAAACAAAAUCACCUAAAGAAGAAGAUUUGAGUAAAGAGAAACUUACAGUGGAAGAAGAAACCGUUUGUUUGCCAGCUGAAGAAGAAGAAGAAGAGGAAGAAGAUGUAGAAGAAGAUGGUUUCGUAAGUAUUAGAAAAUUCUCUAAAACAGAAAUACAGCUCGACGACAAGAUAACAACGACAUCUGCCAAACCGGACACUUUAAAAGAAGUUAUAGACAAGAGACACGAGAAAGAUAUAGGCGACGACUUUGAGGCUGUUGAACAAGAGUAUAAAGUGCGUGACGUGACUGUUACUUCCCUGGAAGAGCGUGUCAUUUCACCAAAGUCAGACGAAUCAAAGGAGCGAGAAUACGCGGAAGAAGCUGUAGAAGAUACCGUAAGCGAUGUUGUCGAGGCUGAUGAAAAAUUCGUUCACGAGACGAAAGAAAAAACCGAGAAGAAAGAAUCACCACUCGAUGCAAAACCGGAUAAAUUGGAUAAAGAGAAAGUAGAAGCGAAAGUAACGGAAGCAACGGAGUCCCUUGACACUAUAGAAAAGUACCUGGAUGAGGCUAAAGAGAAGAAGGAACAGAAGGUUGACGAAGCAGUACCGGAAGAAUCGCUUGCAGAGAAAUUGGGUGUAACUACAGUGGAGAUAGAGAGGAGGAAACGUUCGAUCGACGAGUUGGAAAAAGAUACAGUAUCCGAAGUUAGUAAGAAAGAAGCAGAAAAGAUAGAGGAAAAGGAGGAAUUGAAACCAGCGGAGAAAGAGGAAGCAAAGCCAAUAGAAAAGAAAGAAGAAGAGAAACCAGCAGAGAAGAAAGAAGAGCCUAAACCUGCGGAGAAAUUGGCUGAACCAGAAUCUCCUAUUCAGAAGGAGGUCACUGAAGAAAUUGAACCUGCCGAAAUUGCAGAAACAAAAGAGAAACUGGAGGCAGAUAUCGUCGACGAGGAGAAGAAGCCCGAAAUACCCGAGGUGGAACGUAAGAAGAGCGUUCAAGAACUGGCCAAGGAUGAGAAAGUAUCUCCGGAAGUGGAGAAGAUCGAAGUUGAAAAGAAGAUCGAGAAAGAAGAACCGUCUAAAGAAAUACCAGUUGCAGUUAAAGAGGAGAAGGUAGAAGAAAAGAAACGAGAGAAAUCACCUGAAGAGGAUACCUCGACUGUUCGAAGGAUGUUGGUCACAGCAAGUAGCGAAGAUGGCGGGCACGAAACUGAGAUUUGCGCGGCCGGUACUAUCGCGUUCCAAAAAAUUGUUACACCUGACGAUUCUCUCAAGGACGUAUCCGUGAAAUCAACACCUGACAAAGAUUCUCUGCUUCUAGACAAGGACUCUCUGCACUCAGGGAUCAGUACACCGGAGAAGGACAGUAUCUCAGACAAGUCGAUGAAAGAUGUUGGAAAGGUAACUCCUGAAGACAGUUUGGACAAAUCGCCAAUUGACAGGCGUGAUUCGCGCGAACUGGAAGACAGUUUAGAAAAAACGGUACCUGACAAACCAAAGGAGGCGGACAGCAGCACUUCUCCGUCUGUGAUAGAACCGGAAGUUCCCAAGUCUCCGAGUUUGCAAGAGCAGAAAGAAAUUCCUCAGGAUCUGGUUAAAACGGCCGACGAGAAGGCGGAGAAAGUUGAACCUGUCGUGCCACUUGCUGCUGAAGCAGAGAAGAAAGAAUUAGAUGCGAAACUGACUGAAGAAACUUCACAAAAACCGACAUCGAUUUCAGAAGAACCGGCAACUGACGUGGACAUUCGUAAGAAAAGUCUCGACAUCACUGCGUCGAAAUCGGCCGAGUCUCUUCGAUCGGAGGAUAUCUCCCCGGCAGAAACUAUUUUCGCGAAAUCGCCCACGGACAAACGAGAAGAACAAACGAAGAUCUCUGAUCUGAAAGAUGAGCCUGUAAAGUCGAUGAUUGAACUGUUUGAUUCUGAGAAGAAGAUUGGACUGCCAGAAGAUUUGAAAGCAGAUGUGAUUAAAGGAGUGACACAGGUUGACAGUAAAAUCGACGUGUCUAUAAGUGAAAAGGAAGACAAGAAGGAGCCUCCUGGUGUUUCACCGAAGAAAAGUCCUGAAGAGAGUCCUGAGAAAAGCCCCGCAAAGAGUCCUGAACUAAAAGAGAGACCAAUUGCUGAACCUACCAAAGCAGAAGAAAAGAUAGAAUCAAUCACAGACCUUAAAUCAGCUGAUCGAGACAAGUUGGAGGAAAAAGACAGAGACAAGAAAUCUCCCUCUCCGGCCCUUAGUGACAAAGAUUUGCAGGAAAUAAGAGAGGACGUUAAAUCGCCGGAUAUUGAAGCAGAUAAGAUAUCUGCCGACAUUGAACAGACUGACGUAGUUGUUAAGGAUAAAUCCCCAAUUCUAGAUACAGAUCAGCUUAAAUCGGAGCCAGAUGCGAAACCACCAACUGCAGAGAAACCAAAAUCUCCCACUGCAAUAGAGAAGAUUGAAAAAUCUGACGUCACUGUCGCGGUAAUAGAAAAGAAAAUCGAAGAAGAAUUAGACACUUCGAAACGUCCCGUUGAACAGCCAGAAAAAGAAGCGUCACCGGAGGCACCAAAAACUCCAACUACAAGCCCCGUUCUCGAACAGUCGGAAUUAAAAGCGGACGUUUCAAAAAUUCCUAGCGAGAAAGCAGGCUUGAAAGAUCUGAUGGAAUCAGAGGAGCCGUUAGAAUCAAAGCGACCUAGCAUUCCUAGCGAGCCACACGAGUUUGACGCGAAGGAAAUAGACAAAGCUAGAUCGUUCAGCAUAACAAGCGCAAUCGAAGAACUUGAGACUAGAGAUCACUUGAAAUCGCCAACUGAAGAGACUAAAUUACCCGACGAAACAAAAGAGAAAUCGAAAUCACCAAGCAUUUCGGGAGAAUCGAAAGAUCUGAAAGAAGUUGAAGAAAAGCUUGACAAAGUUACGUCACCUGGACACGUCGACGCAGAAACGGAAGACGAGGCAAAAGAAACGGUGAAGUCUAGAGCUGCCAGUGUCGCUAGUGUGACAAGUGUUUCAACCGAACCAAAGGACAAAUCCAAGUCGCCUAGCGUUGCUGGAGAGACUCCUGAUUUGAAGGAAGUUGAAGCAAAGGAUGGCUCGGAUAAGUCCAAGUCACCAAGUGUGACCGGUGAUGUACCCGAUUUAAAGGACUUGGACGUGAAAGAAAUAGAGAAAUCUAGAUCUCCCAGUGUGACGAGUAUUCCAGCCGAGGCAAAAGAGCCGCUAGACAAAUCAAAGUCUCCUAGCGUAGCUGGCGAGACACCCGACUUGAAGGAUGUUGAAGUUAAAGAAACAGAGAAGUCUAGGUCUCCCAGUGUAACAAGUGUCCCUGAGAAGUCAAAGUCGCCAAGCGUUGCUGGCGAAACACCUGAUUUAAAGGACAUCAAGGAUAAAGAAACAGAGAAGUCUAGGUCUCCCAGUAUCACGAGCAUACCAGCCGAAGGAAAAGAACCAUCGGAUAAAUCUAAAUCGCCUAGCAUCGUUGACGAAGCACCCGAUCUAAAGGAUCUUGAGCCGAAAGAUACUGAAAAGUCCAGGUCUCCAGUGGAAGCAAAAGAUACAUCGGAUAAGUCGAAAACACCAAGUGUUGUUAGCGAGACACCUGAUCUGAAGGAAGUUGAAGCAAAAGACGUUGAGAAAUCCAGAUCUCCCAGUGUGACGAGCAUUUCAGCAGAACCGAAAGACAAGUCAAAGACUCCCAGCGUUGCUGGUGAAACGCCUGAUGUCAAGGAUAUUGAGAAGUCAAGAUCUCCUAGCGUGACAAGUAUUCCAGCAGAGUCUAAGGAUAUAUCAGACAAGUCAAAGACUCCCAGCGUUGCUGGUGAAACGCCUGAUGUCAAAGAUAUUGAGAAGUCAAGAUCUCCUAGCGUGACAAGUAUUCCAGCAGAGUCUAAGGAUAUAUCAGACAAGUCAAAGACUCCCAGCGUUGCUGGUGAAACGCCUGAUGUCAAAGAUAUUGAGAAGUCAAGAUCUCCUAGCGUGACAAGUAUUCCAGCAGAGUCUAAGGAUAUAUCAGACAAGUCAAAGACUCCCAGCGUUGCUGGCGAGACACCCGAUGUUAAGGAUAUUGAUAAAUCUAGGUCUCCUAGUGUAGCGAGCGUCGCGGAUGAACCGAAGGAUAAAUCUAAAUCGCCUAGUAUCGCUGCUGAGGUGGUUGAUUCGAAGGACGUGGAUGUAAAAGAAACAGAGAAAUCUAGGUCGCCUAGCGUUACGAGUGUUCCAGGGGAAGCUAAGGAGGUCUCGGAUAAGUCAAAGACUCCCAGUAUUGCUAGCGAGACACCUGACGUGAAGGAUGUUGAGGUGAAAGAUGCUGAGAAGUCUAGGUCUCCAAGUAUACCAGCUGCUCCGGCGGAGACUGCGGAUAAAUCAAAAUCACCUAGCGUUGCUGAUGAGGCACCUGACUUGAAGGAUGUCGAGAAAUCUAGAUCUCCCAGUGUAACAAGCGUUCCAGCUAAAUCGAAAUCCCCUAGCAUUGCUGGCGAGACACCUGACUUGAAGGAAGUUGAAGCGAAAGAUGUCGAGAAAUCUAGGUCUCCUAGUAUAACCAGUGUUACAACUGAGCAGAAAGAAUCGCCGGAUAAAUCUAAGACACCGAGUGUUGCUGGCGAGGCACCUGACUUAAAGGACGUUGAGAGGUCCAGAUCUCCUAGCGUCUCGACCGAACUGAAAGAGCCAACUGACAAAUCAAAGUCGCCUAGCGUUACCAGCGAGAAAGCUGACUUGGCGGAUAUUGAUGCAAAAAGUGGCGAAAAAUCCAGGUCUACUAGUGUUGCAUCUAUUGUAGGCGAACCAAAGGAAGUAGCCGACAAAUCAAAGUCGCCGAGCAUCGCCGGAGAAGUUCCCGAUUUGAAGGACGUCGAAACGAAAGAAAUAGAAAAAUCUCGAUCUCCCAGCGUCACGAGUGUUCCAGCUGAGGCGAAGGAUAAAUCAAAGUCUCCCAGUAUCGCUGGCGAGACACCUGAUGUGAAGGACGUUGAGGUGAAAGAUGCUGAGAAACCUAGGUCUCCAACAGUACCUGCAGAGACUGUGGAUAAAUCAAAAUCACCUAGCAUUGCUGACGAAGUGCCUGAUUUGAAGGAAGUUGAGACAAAAGACACCGAGAAAUCUAGAUCUCCCAGUGUCACGAGCGCUGCAGCAGACAAGUCAAAAUCACCGAGCCUCGCUGAAGAGGCGCCCGAUUUGAAAGACAUCGAGAAAUCCAGAUCACCCAGUGUAACGAGCAUACCAGCUGAAGCGAAGGAUGCGUUGGAUAAAUCGAAAUCACCCAGUGUUGCUGGCGAGACACCUGAUUUAGGGGAAAUCGAGGCUAAAGAGGUAGAAAAGUCUAGAUCUCCCAGUGUAACGAGUGUCCCGGCUGAGGGAAAGGAGCCAUCGGAUAAAUCGAAAUCCCCUAGCGUCGCUGGCGAAACACCCGAUUUGAAGGAUGUUGAGAAAUCCAGGUCUCCCAGUGUGACGGGUAUUUCGGUGGAAGCUAAAGAAUCGGACAAGUCGAAAUCGCCGAGCAUCGUUUCCGAGACGCCUGAUUUAAAGGAUGUCGACAAAUCUAGGUCUCCAAGUGAAUUGAAGGACGCGUCAGACAAGUCGAAAUCUCCUAGCGUAGUCGACGACGUUCAGAAAUCUCGAUCGGCCAGUGUAACGAGUAUUUCGGCGAAGCCAAAAGAACGAACAGACAAAUCGAGGUCGCCUAGUAUCGCUGACGACGCCGCUGAUUUGAAGGAGAUCGAAGCUAAGGAAAUUGAAAAGUCUAGGUCUCCAAGUGUGGCUGAAAGCGUUACGACCGAGUUGAAAGACAAGUCCAGGUCUUCCAGUAUUGCUGGCGAAGCGUUGGAUUUAAAGGACGCGGACUCCAAGAUCACUGACAAAUCUAGAUCACCCAGUGUAACGAGUGCUCCGGCAGAGGCGAAGGAUUUCUCGGAUAAGUCAAAAUCACCCAGCGUUGCCAGUGAUAUAUUAGAUUUGAAAGAUGUUCCAGACACUGCGGACAAAUCUAAAUCUCCAAGUAUAGAUGUUUCAGCAGGGCUGAAGGAUGCCACCGAUAAGGCAAAGUCGCCGAGCAUCACCGAAGAAGCAGUUUGUUUCAAGGAGUUCGACGUAAAGUCAGUUGAUAAAUCUCGAUCUCCCAGUGCGACAGACGUCGCAGCUGAGCCGAAAGAAGCAACAGACAAAUCCAAGUCGCCUAGCAUCGCUGAGGAGACACCUGAUUUGAAGGAUGUCGAUAAAUCCAGAUCUCCAAGUAUAUCGAGUGCUCCGGUGGAAGCCAAGGAUGCAUCGGAGAAGUCAAAGUCGCCUAGUAUUGCUGGCGAGACGCCUGAUUUGAAGGAGAUUGAAGCUAAAGACACUACCAAAUCUAGAUCUCCUAGUGUGUCCCCAAGUGCACCAAUGGAAUCUAAAGAUGCAUCGGAUAAAUCAAAGAGUCCUAGCAUAGUUGGAGAGACACCUGACUUGAAAGAGAUUGACACGAAAGAAACUGAGAAAUCUAGAUCUCCUAGCGUUGCGUCAGAACCUAAGGAUAAGUCAAAGACUCCCAGCAUAGCUGGAGAGACACCUGACUUGAAAGAGAUUGACACGAAAGAAACUGAGAAAUCUAGAUCGCCUAGCAUUGCGUCAGAACCUAAAGAUAAGACUCCUAGUAUAAUUGGCGAGACACCUGAUUUAAAAGAGAUUGAUGCGAAAGAAACGGAGAAAUCUAGAUCUCCUAGCAUUGCGUCAGAAUCUAAGGAUAAGUCAAAGAGUCCUAGCAUAGCUGGAGAGACACCUGACUUGAAAGAGAUUGAUGUGAAAGAAACUGAGAAAUCUAGAUCUCCUAGCGUUGCGUCAGAACCUAAGGAUAAGACUCCUAGUAUAAUUAGUGAAACACCUGAUUUAAAAGAGAUUGAUGUGAAAGAAACUGAGAAAUCUAGAUCACCUAGCGUUGCUUUAGAACCUAAGGAUAAGUCCAAGAGUCCUAGCAUAGCUGGCGAGACACUUGACUUAAAAGAAAUUGACGCGAAAGAAACUGAGAAGUCUAGAUCUCCUAGCGUUGCGUCAGAACCUAAAGAUAAGUCCAAGAGUCCUAGCAUAGCUGGUGAGACACCUGAUUUAAAAGAGAUUGACACGAAAGAAACUGAGAAAUCUAGAUCUCCUAGUGUUGCGUCAGAACCUAAGGAUAAGACUCCUAGUAUAAUUGGCGAGACUCCUGAUUUAAAAGAGAUUGACGUGAAAGAAACUGAGAAAUCUAGAUCACCUAGCGUUGCUUCAGAACCUAAGGAUAAGUCCAAGAGUCCUAGCAUAGCUGGUGAGACACCUGAUGUAAAAGAUAUUGACACGAAAGAAACUGAGAAGUCUAGAUCUCCUAGCGUUGCGUUAGAACCUAAGGAUAAGACUCCUAGUAUAAUUGGCGAGGCACCUGAUUUAAAAGAGAUUGACACGAAAGAAACUGAGAAGUCUAGAUCUCCUAGCAUUGCGCCAGAACCUAAGGAUAAGUCCAAGAGUCCUAGCAUAGCUGGUGAGACACCUGAUUUAAAAGAGGUUGACACGAAAGAAACUGAGAAGUCUAGAUCUCCUAGCGUUGCGUCAGAACCUAAGGAUAAGUCCAAGAGUCCUAGCAUAGCUGGUGAGACACCUGAUUUAAAAGAGAUUGACACGAAAGAAACUGAAAAAUCUAGAUCUCCUAGCGUUGCAUCAGAACCUAAGGAUAAGUCCAAGAGUCCUAGCAUAGCUGGUGAGACACCCGAUUUAAAAGAGAUUGACACGAAAGAAACUGAGAAAUCUAGAUCUCCUAGCGUUGCGUCAGAACCUAAGGAUAAGUCCAAGAGUCCUAGCAUAGCUGGUGAGACACCUGACUUGAAAGAGAUUGACACGAAAGAAACUGAGAAAGCUAGAUCUCCUAGCGUUGUGUCAGAACCUAAGGAUAAGUCCAAGAGUCCUAGCAUAGCUGGUGAGACACCUGACUUGAAAGAGGUUGACACGAAAGAAACUGAGAAAUCUAGAUCUCCUAGCAUUGCGUCAGAACCUAAAGACAAGACUCCUAGUAUAAUUGGCGAAACACCUGAUUUAAAAGAGAUUGAUGUGAAAGAAACUGAGAAGUCUAGAUCUCCUAGCGUGGCGUCAGAGCCUAAGGAUAAGUCAAAGACUCCCAGCGUUGCUGGUGAAGUAUCUGAUCUAAAGGAUGUCGACACAAAGGACACUGAGAAAUCUAGAUCUCCCAGUUUAACAGGGGAACCUAAAGAUGUAUCUGAUAAAUCAAAGUCGCCUAGCAUUGCCGAUUCAGGCGAAGCUGAUGAAGCAAAAGGACCCGAUAGUAAAAAGCCAGUUGACCAAGUGCCAGACAAAGAAGGGGCAUUAAAAUCGCCAGUGAAGCUGGACGAUUUAGGUAAAGAUAAAUCGCCGUCUAUUAUCGAUGAUAAGUGUAAAGUAUCGUCUGAAAGUGUUGAAAUGGACCAAGCGUAUAUGGUCGACGGAGAAAGUACGAUGAAGAUAACGCCUGAGACAGAAUCGAGUAUUAAGAAGUAUAUUUUAGAAGAGUAUAUAAAUAAGGGAAAGAAGAUCACGAUGACCGUGAUAGAAGAUAUAGUUAAAACUUACACCGUCUCGGAGCUGAUAGUGAUGACUAUCGUAGAGACAGUGAUCGCAACGAAGAGGCUCAACCGAGACUCUGUUUUAGACAUGUCCGAGCAGAAAAUGGAUCACUCGAUAAGUUCCAGCGUGAGUUCCGAAAUGAUCGCCUCCGACAAGUCUACCCAAGACAGUCCGGUACGUUCCGAGCCGCACAUCGACGAGGAGGUCUCGAUCUCGGAGGAGAAGAGGAUGGAGAUGGAGAAAUUCCUCGAGGAAGACUACAUCAAGCGGGGUAAGAGGAUCACCGAGGACAUUCUCGAAGAAAUCAUCGUGAGGUCGUCGUUGCCACGGUACAUUAUCCUGGAGAUAGUCGAGGAGAUCAUUCUGAAGAGGAAACUCGUUCGAGAGUCUGUGAUCGAUCCGGAGAUAGAUUAUCAGGAGGACGAGACUGAGGACAGCUACGGCAAGGAUGGCUAUCGUUACGAGAAAUCAAUGGAGCUUAGAUACGAGCCCGAGCACGAGGAUAGGAAGAUGUCCUACGAUUACAAGACGACCGAGUAUUCGGGAUCGCGUGAAAGUCAAAUGGAAACGUCGAUGACGGAUUAUCCCGUGAGCUACGAGAGCCAGUUCCACAAAGCGUUCGUCGGCGGUGUGACGGAAAUACGCACGACUCACAUCACCACGCUGUCAGGGAAAUCAACGCCGGACGUGACUCGCGACGGCACGCCUGAUUCGAUUUCCGAGCCCACAGCCUCCACGGUCGAGAAGCUGGAAGACAAAUCCGCCGGUAAAUCAACGGAUCAUGUUUCUCCGGAUAAAGAUGCCGUGUCUACGAGUGUCGAUAGUUCUACCGUCACUACCACGGUGACGCAAAAGGUAACUACGUCUGUUUCAGAAACUGUAGAUUCGAAGCCACAGGUCACUCUGUUGAAAGAGAGUAAAAUUGGCGAACCGCAGGUGACGCACGAAACGGAGAUAAUUAGAAAAGUAAUCGAAUCGGACGUGGACACGAGUAAGCCUCUGUCCUUGGCGAAGCUCGAGUUCGAGGAAUUGGAGAAACGAGUUGUCAAGGAUAGAGAGGAAGUGGGAGAUGAAGCAACAACCGAGGAGCAACAGGAAAUUUCACCGGACGGCAAAGUGAUCGUGGUUAAGAGAAUCGUGAAGCGUGAGGUGACCGAAACCGACGACGAGCCCGAGACCAUUCGCAAGGUUAUAAAGCGAGAGAUCAUCGAGUCGGACGAGCCGAUGGUAAUUACGAAAGUCAUCAAGCGAGAGGUCAUUGUUCCCGAGGGCGGCGAAAUCGACGAUACGGACGAUCUCGCGACGAUAAAGGAGAUCGUGAGCAAAGAGACGCUUCCAUCGACCAUCGAGACCGUGAGAACGGAAACGAAGAAGUACGUGAUCACAGCCGGCGAGAAAUUGACCGAGGAGACUCUAACGUCGGAUAUCCUGAGCGACGUUAAAAGAGCAACGACAACCAUCAUAGACUCCGAUGGCAAACUGUCGAAAGACGCCAUUGAGAAGCUGACAACCGAAGCGAGGAAACAGAGUGAAAUUCUGAGCGACGAGGGAACCGUGAUUAAAGAAACUACGAUCAGAACGGUGAGAUCGGAAGAUUCAACGGAGAAGAAGAAGACCGAAGAGACGAGAUCGGAGAAGGAGGAGGCGAGAUACGCGCAGUUGGAGAAACAUUCGGCGUCUCCCCUGGUACGUGAUAUUGCGUCCGACGUGUCAGGCAGAUCAACGCCGGACCGAAGAUCGGAAGGCAGGUCCAUGACAGCGACUCCGGAGGGAUUUAAAUCGGGGGAGGUGAUCAGAACGAUCAUCACCACGACCAAGACGGUGUCCGACGACGGAGAGAUCGUGACGACCACUCGCGAAGUAACGGAAACUACCAAUGAGAAAGGAGAGACUGUCGUACUGGCGGAGAAAGUAGACGUGAAGGUAGACGAGUACGUGCCCAGUAAAGAGCCGGGAGAGUCCUCGAUGGCUCCUGACAGCCCACUCUUGCGUUCCUUGCACGAGAAGGAGAAAGAAACCGGCUUUAUGAGUCGCGCGAUGAGCAGCAGCGUCUACGGUGAGUUACCAACCGCGAAAGACCUGCCGUCAGGCGAUAGUCCGCUGAAAAUCGGCGAGUCGUCCGUUUCGACCGAGCACGGUGAUUACUCGUUUAAACGUUUCAUGGUGGAGAAAGAGUACGCCGGUGACUACAAGGAGAAGUCUGACCCGAAGAAGUACAUCGACGAGGCGGGGCUCGACUUCGAGAAGGCUUUGUCGAUGGAGAGGAAGGAAACGACUACGGAGACCACUGACGCGCAGGGUAAGACGAUAUCGGCGAGAUACACGAACGGCAGUGUUCGCCAAGAAUCGUCAGACUCGGGUGGCAGAUCGGACGAUCACAAGGAGAAAGACUCGAAAUCCGACACGAAGAAAGAUCCGUUGGAUGGCUGGGGGACUCCGUUGGGACUCCCGUCUCCCAUUCAGCCGCACAAGUUCAACUUGAAGAACGGGUCGCAAACGCCGGCGAGCACUAAUACAAACGCGAACGCGAGUACGAAUCCGGACAACAAUCUCGGUUUGAACUUCGACGCAAUCAACGACUGGGGCGAACCGUUGAGACUACCAUCGCCGGCCCCUGUUACUAACGAGAUCUCCAACAAGGGUACGCCUGGGACGCCGAAAAAGGAGAAGAAGCAAGCGAAGAAGGUGCUGUCGGAGAACAUCAAGAAUAAAAAACGCUCGGAGAGCCCGGGCAAGAACGAGAAGAAGAUGAAGGAUUCGAAGAACAAAGUACAACCGGUCUACGUGGAUCUAACUUACGUACCUCAUCACGGCAACUCGUAUUACACGUCGUUGGAGUUCUUCAAGAGAGUUCGCGCGAGAUAUUACGUGUUCAGCGGUACCGAGCCGAGCCGCGAAGUGUACGAUGCUUUGCUGGAAGCGAAGAGAUCUUGGGAGGACAAGGAUCUCGAGGUAACUAUGAUCCCAACUUACGAUACCGAUACUCUGGGCUAUUGGGUAGCCGACAACGAAGAGGCUCUCGCUGCGAACCACAUUGACCUUUCACCUUCCGCGUCCCGUUGUACGAUUAACCUGCAGGACCACGAGACUAGUUGCAGUGCCUAUAGACUUGAAUUCUAGGGAUUGGCAGCCUGCUCAGCCGUAAUAGUUGAGUUCUGAGCGGUGUUCAGAGAGUGUGCACACGAUCGCUUCGUUUCUGGACUUGCCGUUUCGCGAAUUCCUCACCGUGCCUAUUAGCGGUUCAUGAAACUUUAGAGUGGGAGGGAAAUGAGGGUGAAUCUCAAUGAGAAAGGCUACAUCGAACGACUUAGACGCGGUCGUUUUACGAUCCGAAUUUCGUGCCUAAUCCCAUUAUAAGUCAUAAACGUACGCAGUUGUUCCUUGUUUUUAAAUGCACAGGUUUUAUUGGGUCGACCAGUUGUAUUAUCGCGGGCCACCGUAAUAUAAUAACAGCAUGUAGCAACAACAAAUAAGCGACGAGCAAGUAACAAUGUUAACAGCAACAACGAUAACGACGAUGACGUUGACAAUGCCCCUUUCUCGCUGCUAUCUAUAUUUGAUCUCUAUUUUCUUUGCUUCGUUGCUCUCCUCUAAUAGUUGCAUCGACGAGUACGAUGAAACGAAUGCGAUUCUCUUCUUGAUACACGAUUCGCUUCGUUCCGAUCUCUUUGCCGGUACGUGCGACAAAAUCUCGACUUCCGAAAGCUGAACAAAUCUCUGCGCUACUCUCUAGUUCUACGAUGAACGAACCUGGCCUGCUCUCGGUUUCUUCGUACGCUUAAUACACACGAAGCUUAAAGAAACGCGUAUAUUCUCGCGCCAUUAUCUUUUUAUAUAUAUAUCUAUUAUUCUCGACACCAUAUCGCAGCUUUAAAAAGAACGUAGAACGAACGCUGAGGAAGUAGGAAUACAGCCUGGCAAUAACACGGACAAGACGUACAAAGAUAAAUAAGGAUCAGAGUAACACGCGUGUACGCACGACGAGGGCGAAAUGUUGAAAUGGAAAGGGAUUCUUUGUACAUUUCUGUACGGUGUUUAAGCUCUCGACAAGAUCACGACCGUUCGGAUAAUCCGAGCUCGUGUCCAACGACGAUUUCUCGUCGCGAAUGUCUACGACCGUGUACGUCGAUCGGGAAAUACCAUUAGAGGUUUCUAAAAAGAAAACUUUAGAGAUACUUGGUGCAGUCCGAAUGAAUUUAACUAACUGUAGGGUCGUUCAGAUUGUCGGCGAUUGAUGUUCCAUUCCAAACGCCACUCUCAAGUGGGGAGUAGGCGAAAACUAAACGAGUCUAAAAAAAGAAACUAAGAGUCUAAAAAGGGAUUUCCUCCAGAAUAACGAAGAAAGUAGAGGUGUAUCGGAAGCAAAAUUGAGACGGUGAUAGAUGAAAAGGAAAAAGAAAAAAGAAAAAAAAAAAAACGAAAAAAGAAUCGUACAACAUCCAUCCAAAUGAACAAAGUCCACGUUCGAUAAUCGUAUCGGAGUGAACAGCUCUGUUUUUCACCGUUUCGUUCGUGUUUCGAACGCCAUCAAACUAAGAAAAAAGAAAAAAAAAUAAAAAUAAAAAAGAAAAAGAAGAAGAAGAAAAAACAGAGUUGGUCGUUCCUGUGAUAUAAAUCCGUUUAUAGAUAUUUUUUAGAGAAGAGAAUAUUUCAUUUGCCACGUAACGAAAAAUACCACUUCCUAGAGGCGCGCGCACCGUUUACGAAACUAGACCAAAAAAAAAGAAAAAAAAAAAAAAGAAGAAGAAGAAAAAGAAGAAAAAUCGUACAAGGGGGAUUCAAGUUUCCAUCGACUUGUUUCAUUUUUUUUUUUCUUCCCCUCCCAUUCUCGCGGGAGGGGAGAAUUUGAUUUCGGAUAUUUGCUUCCGGGGAAAGUUCAGUGUCCGACGCGUCUCUUUUACGUGUGUCGUAGCAAAGACUGUAAGGGAAAGAAGUUUCACGCUAGGGUUCUUUAAGAGAGCAGUUUAGUUCCUUUUGUACUUAUUUUUCAACUGAAAUACGACAAACUGCAUUCGUACGGGGAUGACGAUGGCGCGUGGCGAUUGCUCGAGCGACUCGGUAAGGGUGAUGUAUAAUAUAUAGAAUGAAAUCGCAAUGGUAAUCGUAAGACUGCGUACACGUUUGUUAUCGUGAGCAACACGUGUCCCUGUUCGUUUUAAAGAAAGUGACGUGCUACCUCGUGAACAAGCUUGAACGCUUUUUUUCGCACACCGAGACUCGAUUGUCAUCAUGUUUAAUGAUACAUUAAUAGAAGAGUUAUGGUUACAUCGAACCGUAUUUACUAACGAGCGUAACGAUUAGUAAGAUGGAGUAACAAAUGUGUACGCAUCUGAAUGACAACGAUGGAAAAACUGAUAGAGUCACGAUAACGGUGUGACUGUGACGAUGAUUGCGGUGACAAUACCGUACGAUAACGCCAACGAAAUUAUCAUGAUUAUCGUGAUAGUGAUGGUAAUGAUGGUGACGACAAUAACGGUGACAAUAAGGACGAUGACGAUGACAACGACGAUGGACAAAAAUAGUGAUAACGAUGGCAAUGAUGAUGAUGAUAAUUUAUAAGAAUGAUAUGAAAAUAUAGGGACGAUUUAUGAGGUAGUAGGAUGGUAAUAUCUUGCACUCGUUGUCAGACGAAAUGUGAUUCUAGUGCAGGUGAAAGAAGCAAACGUGUUUUCAUCAUUUUGUACAGAUUAUCAGGGUGACUAGUCAUAUUUGUGUGUUCCAAUAUUAAAAUGAGCGUAUGCAAAAGAACUUAUAAAGACUGAAAGGAAAAGUAUUUUUCUAACGAAGUUUAAAUGUCGAAAUACUUCUUGUUUUUAUUUUUACGAGCUCUUUUGUAUAAUGCGCUGUUUAUCUUAGAGCACACAAGUAGGGUGAACAUACUGACGUGGACAGUGAAUUCUAAUUCGAACUGCGCGCGCGAGUCAGAGUAAUUUUCGUAGAAAAGGUAGAUUACGAGAGCACAUGCUCGUUACGUUCGUAAAAAAAAAAAAGAUAAUCGUUUGAUUCACUUUGUAUAUACAUAUAUAAAUACAUAUACGUGAAAAUAUGGGAUAAGAAUGUUGAACGAGCGGAAGCGACGUCGAUAGACCCUGCCAGAAAAUCAGUAUCGGUGCAUUCGGAAAUUCAAGUUUCAAAUAAUUCUAUUCGCUGGGAAAAUUCGUCGAGAAGAGAAAAAGAAAAUUCCAAUAGAAACGAUAAACUAUGACGAUAUAUGCAAAAGCACAGAAAAAUCGUGUAUAGUGAAAAAGGCCUACAAUAUGCAUAGGUUCCGAUAUACACACCGUACGAAAAAAACGAUCGUUCACGUAGAGGAACCAGGUAGAAUUAAGAAGAAAACAACGUACAUCCUGCCAAUUAUGAUUGAUAUGAUAGCUCCGGGUCCAAUAAAUGCUCUAGUCUGUAAGUUCCUUUUUUCUUUUUACUGCUGAAUCACUGCAGUUUCUUCGUUGAUACACACUUAUUUGUUCCUUACUUCGUUCGUAUGUGUACACCACAUCUAUAAUAAUGUUUAUUUGUCAGAUUUGUCACGCCUUCGUCGCAGUAAUUUAAAUUAUAAAUAAAAUAAAGCGAACAACUCUGAAUAUUCUCUGGCAAAAGAUUUGAGGAAAGUUUGGUCUAAACGAAAAUACGUUUGCUGUGUGUCAUUUCUUCUCUUGUUAUUAUCAUCGUCGUUGUCAUUACUUAUUGCUAUAAUACCACCAUUAUUACUAGCAUCACCAUUACUGCUACUACUGCCGAUAUUUUCAUUAUUAUCAUUGUCAUCAUUAUCAUUCAUUGUUAUUUAUUGUUCUUCUUCUUAUUAUUACAACACCUAUCGUUAUGAUUAUUGUCAUCAUCAUUAAUAAGCACAUUAUACCAUUAUAAAUUACUCGAGCAUUAUCGUGUCGUUACAGUCAUCAUCUCGGUCAUUGUCACUAUUGUCAUUGUCAUUGUUGUUGUUGUUGUUGCAUUGUUAUUUUUACCAUCAUCAUCAGCAUGGUCGUAUCGUCAUUGUCACCAUCGAAUCAUCGAUCGCGAACGAGAACUUUGUUGCUUGUAACGAGAAGAAGAAGAGAAAAGAAAAGAAAUAGAAUGAAAAGCGUAAACUGAAGAAAGAAACGCGAGGCGAGAGGACGGUAAAAUGCGCUCGAUAGUCGAUAGAAACCAUGUGUGUACCUAUGUAUUUUAUGUAUUAUUUAUCGACGAAACUAACGAUGACCAGCUGUUUAGGUAGGAUAUUAAAAUUAUCAAAUUGAGUGUGACGAGGAUGAUCGAAAACGAGUAAACAAACAACAGACGUUGUAAUAAUUAACAUUGGGUGAAACAAAAGCGGAACGAUUAGGAUAUUUGCGCUUGUCGCUCGACAAGUCGACAGGAAGAUGAAAAAAGGGGGCGAAAACGAAAAAAAAAGAAAAAGCAGAAUUUAAAUUAAUGAAAAAGAAAAGAAAAACCGAGAGGGUGAGAUGCGAAGAAAAAAGAAAAAAAGAAAAAAAGAAAAAAAAAGUUAAGAACGAGCUUUCAUUAAGACAGUUUAGAUUAAAUAUAAAGAUGAACAAAAAGUAUAUAUAUAUGAACACGUAUACACGCGCGCGCAUACACACACAUAUACACACACAACCGCUCAUACAUACAUACGUAUACACACGCGUACAUGCAUACGAUACAGAAUAAAAUAUACAUAUAAUAUACGAGUGGAAGGGACAGAGAAGACAUAAAAAAAAAAAAAAAAAAAGAAACUAACUAGGAAGAAAUUUAAUUCCGGGAGAGACAAGAUGAAUAAACGCGAAGGAUAACGAAGUGCGAACCUCAACACCUGUACGAACCCCUAAAUCGCGAUGCAUAGAAACGGGUGUGAGAACGGUGAUACGGUUUUAUUUGAACUAUCAACGUAGGAGACCGUCGUAUGGAAUAAAUAUUGUUGUUUCGUACGGCCCUUGACACGUAUCCGACACUCGAGCACAUCGGAGUAAGCGUAUCGCUCGGUCUUGGCUCGAUUUUUCGUACUUCACGCGACGACGUGUUCGCUGCCGAGUAGAGUAUACCUAUUGUCGAAUAAUCGAGCGAUCGAGCGAGUCGAAUGGAGAAAAAGAAAAAAAAAAAAGAAAAAUGGGACGAAAAGGGAAGGAAAGACGAGAAAAUGAGAAAAGCAAUCGGUAAUGUUAAAAGAGUUUGUUUACUCCGCGCGAAAAAUAUCGGAUACGCUAAUGUUCUAGUCAGAUGAAAAAAAUCUCGUUUCCUAAUAUUAUAAACAGAAAAAGAAAAGAGAAAGAGAGAGAGAGAGAGAGAGAGAGAGAGAGAGAAACCAUCUAGUCAUUCUUCUUCACAGUCGAUUUUUCUGCCGUUACGAGACUGCGCCGCAGAUCAUGAAGACGAGAAAAGGUAAAAGUUUUUUCACAAUUGUAUUUAUUAUUACGAAAAAGGUAAUCGCGGUUCUCACCCCUUGAAGCGCAUCGGCGCGUCGUGUUUUUUCGAAUAACGAAUUAAGAAGAAACCAAAAAAGGAAAAAAAAAUAAUAAUAAAUAAAUAAAUAAA